AUGGGUGAUCUCUUUGACGUCAUAACAGUUGCAGAAACAAAGCUGGAUAGUUCAUUUCCUUCAAGUCAAUUUGUAACGGAUGGUUACUCGAAUCCAUAUCGUUUAGACAUCAGCGCGAAUAGAGGUGGAUUGUUUACUUUUGUUAAGAGUGACAUCCCAUCACGUCGUCUUGAGCAGUUUAUCUUAAACCCUAAUAUUCAAGUUACAAUUGUUGAAUUAAGACUACGAAAACAAAAAUGGUUAGUAUGCAAAGCUCUAGAUUUCUAUAAUUAUGAUAAUAUCUUGAUAAAUGGUGAUUUCAACCUAGAUCCAGCUGAUACUGAUUUAGGGGAGUUUUUACUAACUCACUCCCUUUAUAAUCACAUGAAGGAGAAAACUUGUCGGAAGUCCUCUUCGGGAUCUUGCAUUGAUUUUAUUCUUUCCAACAGGAAACAUUCUCUCAUGCAUACAGGAGCGGCUGUAACUGGGUUGAGUGAUUAUCAUUCCUUAGUUUAUACAAUGCUUAAAACACAAUAUGUCAAACUACCACCACUUAAAAUUAGUUACCGGUGCUAUAAGAAUUUUGAUGAAACUUAUUUUUUAGAGGAUAUAUCUCGGUCUAUGACCAAUAUCUCAAAUUAUGAUGAUUUUCAUAGUAUAUUUACAUCUUUAUUAGAUAGGCAUGCUCCAUUGAAAACCAAGUUUCUCAGGGCAAAUAAUAGGCCCCAUGUCUCUAAAACUCUCAGAAAGGCGAUCAUGAAACGUUUGCGUCUUAAAAGGGUAGCUAACACUUCCGGGAAAGACGAUGAUGUGAGAGCAUUUAAAAAACAAAGAAACUUGGUGGUCAAUAUAAAUAGGCAGGACAAGAAAACUUUCUUUUCCAACUUUGGCCGAAGUAAUAUGAGUAAAGGUUUUUGGAAAUCGGUAAAACCUUUGUUUAAUGAAAAAGCCAAAUAUGGUAAAGAAAGAAUUACUCUUGUUGACAAAGAUAUAUUAUAUAAUAAUGAUACUCUUUCAUCCGAGUGUGAUGCUGUUCUUGCUGCAGUUGAGAAGUAUGCGUCUCACCCUAGUGUCCUCUUCAUUAAAUCGAAGAAACAGAUACAUACUUUUGAGUUGUCUCCAAUUUGUGAGGAUGUCAUGUUUAAGGAAAUUCUUGCGUUAGAUGAUAGCAAGAAAGUCAGUGGUUCGAUUCCAACGAAGAUUCCAGUGUUCCAUCUUUUAUCUUUGGCAGAGAUAAUCCCUUUAUAUAAAAAGGGUAGCUCCACAGACAAGGUAAAUUAUAGACCUGUCAGUUUGUUACCAACUGUUUCCAAAGUUUUUGAGAGAAUUUUAGCCAAACAACUGUUACCAUUCUUCAACACCUUUUUGUCUAAAUAUCUUUGUGGAUUUCGAAAGAGUUACAGCUGUCAGUAUGCUAUUUUAAACAUGCUUCAAAAGUGGCAAAAAUGUCUCUCAAUAUCUGGAAAAGUCGGUGCAGUUUUGAUGGAUUUAUCCAAAGCGUUUGAUUGUCUCCCUUUUGGUCUUUUAAUUGCAAAACUGGAGGCAUAUGGAGUUGGAUAUAAUACAUUAAAGCUGAGCUAUCUAUCAAACAGGAAACAUCGAGUGAGGUUGGGCUCCUCGAGGGUGCUAUCUGCAACUUUGCCGACGACAACACCAUCUUUAGUUGUAAAAGUAGCAUUACUGCUGUUCUAG